GCAGCAGCAGCACUAUCAGUCACAGCACAGGCAGCAGCGACAGCAGCAGCAACAAACUCUCUCCCGUCUUUUUCUGUUUGGAGUUGUUUCCUGCUCAGAGGACAAAAGGCAAGGAAGUAGGAGAGAAGUGAUCCAGGGCUUAUAGCUGUCAUCAAAAACAAAACCAAAACGCAGACCUGGCUGCCCCCAUGCCUAUCGAAUUUGUUUGCAAAAUAAAAUUUGCAGAGGAGGAUGAGAAGCAGAAAAACAAGCAGGAUGGGGACAAGGAGAGCCUGAUCGAGGAGAGCUGCACACCUCCAGCCAAGGACUUGGCCGGGUUUGCUAACUCCUGCUCCCUUCAUGGGAUUAACCACAUCUUUGUCUCUGGUCGCCUGGGCAUCCGGCAGACGCUCUGGGGUCUUGCCUUUUUGACUUCACUGGCGCUCUUUCUGUACCAAGCAGCUAAGUGUGCCAUCUCUUACCUGGAGCACCCUCAUGUCACAGCUCUGAAUGAAGAGGCGACCCCCGAGAUGGUUUUCCCCGCUGUGACCAUCUGCAACAUCAACCGCUUUCGCUUCUCAGCGCUCACUGAUGCUGACAUCUACCACCUGGCUAACUUGACAGGUCUGCCCCCCAAAAACAGGGAUGGGCACAAACCCACUGAUUUAAUGUAUCCUGCUCCUGACAUGCAGGACAUUUUCAACAGGACAGGACAUCAGUUAGAAGAGAUGCUCAUGAGCUGCAAUUUUAGUGGGCAGAACUGCUCAGCUGAAGACUUCACUGUGGUGUACACCCGAUAUGGGAAAUGCUACACUUUUAAUGGCAACAAGACUACAUCCAGGAAAACCAAGCAGGGCGGAAUGGGAAAUGGGCUGGAGAUCAUGUUGGAUAUUCAGCAGGAUGAGUAUCUGCCAAUCUGGAGAGAGACAAAUGAGACAUCCCUGGAGGCCGGCAUCCGCGUUCAGAUCCACAGUCAAGAUGAGCCUCCCUACAUCCACCAGCUGGGUUUCGGUGUCUCUCCGGGUUUCCAGACCUUUGUUUCCUGUCAGGAGCAGAGGCUGACCUACCUGCCACAGCCCUGGGGGAACUGCCGCUCCACCAGCAAAGAGAAGUUCCCAGGAUAUGACACAUACAGCAUCAGUGCCUGUCGCCUGCUCUGCGAGACCAACGAGGUCUUACGAGUGUGCAAAUGCAGAAUGGUGCACAUGCCCGGAACUGCAGAUAUCUGCCCUCCCAGUAAAAUCAACUGUGUUGACAAAGCGCUUGCACAGCUACAGAAGAACAGUGGGGACACCUGCCCAUGCGAGACGCCCUGUAAUCUCACCCGCUAUGGUAAAGAGCUCUCCAUGGUCAAAAUCCCCAGCAAGGGCUCGGCUCGCUAUCUCUCCAGGAAAUAUGACAAAUCAGAAGACUACAUCAGAGACAACUUCCUGGUCUUGGAUAUCUUCUUUGAAGCUCUGAACUAUGAAACGAUUGAGCAAAAGAAGGCAUACGAUGUUGCAGGUUUAUUGGGUGACAUUGGUGGACAGAUGGGUUUAUUCAUCGGCGCCAGCAUCCUGACAGUCUUAGAAAUACUGGAUUAUAUCUAUGAGGUGAUCAAGCACCGGCUACAGCGUGUGCUGAGGCCGCAGAAAGAAGAGAAGAAAAACAAGCAGCAGCCCAGCACUGUUGCAACAGUGGGCCUAGAGGAAAUGAAAGCAAAGGAGCCCAAUGACACAACACGGAGUCACCCAGAAGGGGCGUACGCCAACACGAUUCUCCCCAACCACCACAUCCCUCACCCACAUAGCCACCCUCACCCUCAUCCUCACCACCAACAUGCCGGACACCAUGGGGUGUUUGAGGACUUCGCUUGCUAAAGCCAACCAUUGUUUCCAGUCUUGGUGACAACAAAAGAUAAGAGGUGUCUGUGUUGAGACCAGUAACAGACCCUUGGCAUUUCCGUCACUCCUUUGCUGUCACCAGUGAAAAGCUACAGCCAAAGUCAAACACCAAACUUGUGCUGCUAACAAACCACUUGUACGUACAGUAUGUAGGCACAAAUCGGACACGGCUUUUUCUUUUUUUCCUUCUUCUUUUUUUGCUCUCUCUCUCUCUCUCUCUCUCUCUCUCUCUCUAUGGGAUCCCACUCCACAUCGCCCCGCUUCGCGUCAUGAUUCCAGACACUUUGUGAUUUCAGGACCAAUUUUUGGUACAUGAUCACUACAAGGGAACAAGAGGAGGACUGCAUGUCACCUUGAUCCACUUUAUACUCCAAAAAAAAUGAAGAAAAAAAGAUUUAUUUAUUCAGCUAGCAUCUCGGAUUUUUUUCUGUCUGUAUCCAUUUAUCUCUCUUGAAACUUUUUUUCUUACUUUGAGAACAUAGUGUACCAUAUCAAGUCAUUUACACAAUAUAUUAUGUAAUUAUUUAAAGAGAUACUAUUAUAUGUUCUAUAUUGUGUACAAGAUGGCAAUGACUUCAGUAAGCAUACCUUAUUCACCAUCCAAAGUAUGAAGGGAAUUAUUUAGGCUGAAAUAUAUGACCUUGGCUUAGAUGGUCUAGCAGCAUCUUUCCACAUGAUACACUCUGUCUGGUUUGUGGUUAAGGUGUUAGAGAGUAGCAUUGUACCUGUACAUAAAAUCCAACGUAAAAAUGAGAAAGUUCUAAAGGUUCAGUUUCGAUGGUUGUUGUUUAUAUUUAGUUAAUAUAUAUCUUAUGUAAUAUAAAUUUUAGUUAUUUAUACAUUUUAGAGAUUUUUUAUAUGACAAUAUAGCGAUCACGAUUGUAGCAAUUACUGUACACUUACAAUCUGCAGAUAUGAUAGACUGCCAGACAUUAAUAUGUUCAUCCAGGUAACAAGAACGGACUGAAUGCAUUGUGACUAAUAUCUCCAUUGUUUUCCUUUAAGAUGUCCAAGAGGACGCAAACAUGCUUUGCUUAUGGAUGAGGAUUCGGUCAUGUUUUCAGUUAUGACAUGGUUGUACUUUAAGUAUUCCUCCUAUUCAACUUAUUUCUGCCCACCGUCUGCUCUUCAUCUCGGUUAGCAUCCAAACUUAAAGCUGACAUAAGCAAUAAGAUAAAUAUUUUUUUUCUUUUUUUUGCCAACUCAUCUCCUUCACAACCACUGUAAAAGUGCAGCAGCUAUUUUCAGUGGGGACCCAGCAUCAG